AUGGUCCUCUCACUGUGGGCUAUCCUCUUCUGCGUCCCGUUUGUUUGUGCUUCACUUCAGAGUCUCAACGAUACUUGUAUCUAUACACUCAAUGACAGCGACCCUGCAUCCAGCAACAACAACAGAACCUUAUGGAGCAUUAUCUUGAGCUGUGGCUGGACUUUGUUUGCAUGCACAUGGUCUGCCGUCCACCCGAACAUUCCGGGUAUGAACGAAGGCAGAGCCGCCAUUACCUCUCGUCGUUUGUUCAUUAUGGUUAUGGCGUUGAUCGCCCCAGAACUCAUGAUUACCUGGGCCACGCGACAGUUCUUCAGCGCUCGUGCAGCUGCAAAGGACUUCAAUGAUAGGUUUAGUGCACAACCUACCAAAGCCUACAGUGACCGUCGAGAUAUAUCAGGGAUGACAGCUACAUCGCAUCGUGACAUUCCAGAAGGAAGUGGAAGUCCGAAUUCUCCCAAACCCUCAAAUUUCAGAAGAUUGACAAUGGAUCAUGGAUUCUUCACGUGGAAGCGUGGAUCCAGACCUGUGACAGAGUUUGAGGGAUGGACAGUGACGCAUGGUUUCUUCGCGUGGAUGGGUGGAUUCAUGCUCUACGUCAAUGACGAGCCACGAGGCACUCUUACACCCGAUGACCUUCUGCAAUUCGUUGAUGAGGGAUCCGUGGACAUGCCUCUCAUCUCGGAGGCAGAGGUAGAAGAUCGAAGUAAGGGUGAUGGACUGUCGAAAGGCUUCGCCAUUCUUCAGCUGGUGUGGUUCGUCGUCCAACUUUUCGCCCGAUACGUUCAGAACCUUCCGAUAACCCUGCUCGAAAUCGAUACACUGGCUGUAACUGCGCUGACCUGUAUUUCGUACGGCUUGUGGUGGAAGAAGCCCAAGGACGUGAGAUGUCCUUAUGUUGUUCAUUGGAAGAGACCAGCAGAUCAGCUAAACGGAUUGACAUACGACAAGACAGAUCUUAAUCGACUUUGGGGAGGCCGUCUUCGCGGUCUCAUCUAUCCUCUUAUCAGUCUGAUGGGCAUUGCACCUUUAAUUUCCCCCCGUGCUGCCGGUUCUCGCCGUGUUCCAUCUCUUGGUGGCUACGGCAAGUACUACGCCGGGAUCGUAAUUCUCAUUGGAUGUUCCAGUGGGAUUGUGUUUGGAGGGAUACAUUGUCUGGCCUGGAACUACUUGUUUCAGACAUACACGCAACACAUGUUAUGGCGUGCGGCUUCUCUUGGGAUAGCUGGUGCGCCGAUACUUCUUUUCCUUGAUCUUGAGUAUGGGAUAUGGCUGGGUCGUAAUCACGCGCAUCAAGACGACGACUUACCUGGCAGAAAAUUGCAUCCCGCUGUCGAGCAGUUUUUUGAAUUCAUGCCCGAACUCCUUGUCUCUACCCGCACACGAACAACGAUGAUCAUUUGUGGUAGUCCGGUAGACACAACGAUCUCAUCACUUCGAUCAAAAGGCACGGCUUUCGAGUCUGCUACUCAGCAAAAAUGCUCGUUCCUCCCCUCCGAUGCUCUCAGCUUUAGAGCGCCGCAGAUGCACAUCCUCUUCGCUCAUCUGUUUAUAUAUAUGUUAUGCCAAAUGGAGGCAGCGAGCUCCACUCCUGGCAACGAAAUGGCAAGCGUGCUUGCAAAGGAACACGAGGCUUCCAAAUCCUCGGAUUACGGGAAUUCGGCCGCUUUUGAAAUCAUCCUCGCACACAAGGAUUUUCUGCUCUUGUAUUAA